UUAAGUUCUUUAUUACACCAAUUCCGGUGAUAAUAUUACAGGAGAUGAAUUGUCUGCUGUGACACUUUUUUUCAAACUAAAGACCGGUUAAAUUCGCCUUAAAUACUUAGUCGAAUUGUAUUCAAAAUCAUAGUAAUGCCCACAUAGACUUACAUGGCGUUGUAUUUAAUAGACGAUUAUCUCCACUGACUGUAGUACUACAGGUAUUGGCUCCCGUGCCUACUGUUUUUUUUUUUCAAGCAAAAACAUUCAGCAACGGGAAAACCCGCCACUAACUAACUUGGACAAGCGAGCGCCAUUUCCAGGCUCGUAACAUCGGCUAUAUAGUGGAGCGAGAGGCUGGUGCCAGAGGCGCCGGAAGCGGAGCGGUGUCUGUUAGCAUACCCGGGCUGGUGGGGGACGCUAUGGCUGCGGGAAAGGGAGCGGGGAAGCCCGCCUCGCUGUGGGACAACAUGAGGAUCAGGUUCAUCGUUUGCUUCUUUGGAGUCUUCGUUUGUUAUUUUUACUACGGAAUCCUACAGGAGACAAUCACACGCGGGGACUAUGGCCAUGAGAAGUUCAGAUAUGCUCGCACUUUGGUUUUCAUCCAGUGCAUAAUCAACGCUGUGUUUGCAAGGAUCUUGAUACAGGUUUUCGAGGGCUCUAAACCAGAUCCCACUAAAAGCUGGCUCUACGGCCUGUGUUCCCUUUCUUAUGUUGGAGCCAUGGUGUCCAGUAACUCUGCCCUGCAGUUUGUCAAUUACCCCACACAAGUAUUGGGAAAAUCCUGCAAGCCCAUACCGGUGAUGAUUCUUGGUGUGACCAUACUAAGGAAGAGAUAUCCGCUGGCUAAGUAUCUGUGUGUGUUGCUGAUUGUGACCGGGGUCGCUCUGUUCCUCUAUAAGCCCAACAAGAGCACGGCUGCUGUGGACGAUCAUAUCUUUGGCUUCGGAGAGAUUCUGUUGUUGGUCUCGCUGACUCUGGACGGGUUGACGGGCGUGGCACAGGACCACAUGAGGGCUCGCUUCCAAACGGGAGCCAAUCACAUGAUGCUGAACAUCAACGUGUGGUCCACUCUCAUUCUCGGGUUUGCGGUUCUGUGGACGGGGGAGGUUUGGGACUUCCUGAGUUUUGCGGAGCGCCACCCGACCAUCUUUUACAAUAUUCUUCUGUUCGGACUGACCAGCGCUUUAGGCCAGACGUUCAUUUUCAUGACGGUGGUGUACUUUGGGCCUCUGACCUGCUCCAUCGUCACCACCACACGGAAGUUCUUCACAAUUCUCGGUUCGGUUAUUUUGUUCGGGAACGUCAUGAGUUCGAUGCAGUGGAUCGGCACUGUCCUCGUGUUCCUCGGUCUCGGGUUGGAUGCUAAAUUUGGGAAAACCCCUAAAAAGACGAUGCAUUGAGGCAUCUCAUCGAAACAGUCAGUGUUUUAGGGGGUGUCCUGUUCAGAUGAACUGUCCGCGCCGGGAAUCCUCUAAAUAUCCUCAGCUGUAUUUAAAACUGAGCGGCCGCCGUUUUGAACUGUAGCUUUUAUGUGCCGUGGAUGUUUGAAGAAAUGAAAUACACAUUGGAUCAAGGCCAGAGUCGACCAUUGAACCUCAAACAAAAAAUGAGAUUUCAUGGACAAAAACGAACUGAUGCAAGCGGAAAAUCCUGCAUUUCUUUAUUAAACCCAUUUCUCUGCAAGUGGACAUUAAAUGGAACAAAUUCAAAGAUCUUCAAAGUGAAGUAAAAUCCAAAUGUUUUGCCAAUAAAUAAUUAUGAUUGUCAGUUUUCAUCCAUUGACUGUACUAUCAUUUAAAAUGUGUUGGUUUUGUCUUUUGCAAUUAUUAUUUUUAUUUUGUACAAGUUAAAAAUAACACACUAUAAAAAAGGGAAAUGGUUAUAAUCCUUUUGUCAUUGUGCUUCUUCUUGGGUUUUCAUAUCAGUUGUAAUUCUAAAUUUUAACUGGUUUAAUGUCAUUUAUCAGUUCCAUAACUUUAUGUGCAAUGUAAAGGGCUUUAAACAUCAUUGAGCUGUGAAACAGCAAUUUAAGACUGGGGAUGAACUUUAUGAAUCCAUUACUCCAUCACUAAAUGGACCUGGUAACUAUGACCAAUACAAAGUUUUAGUAAGAUAAACUGCAGUCUUCGAUA